CGAUCUUCUGGCUCCGGUGUUGACGCUACCGAGGAACGAAGUGCCAAGAGCUGUUGAUGUGGGAGCGGCGGCGGCGGCGGCAAGCCGACAUCCGCCCCAGCGCAGACAAGACGCGUUUUCGCGCUGCGUAAGCGCGGCCGCUCACAUCCGCCAUGAAGGGCGCCCGCCAGUCAAAGCCAGGCACGAUGUCCGCCAUCAAGGACGCGCACAUCGUCAAGAUCGCCGUCGAGAUGGACGAGCAAGUGCCGCAGCUCAUCGAGUUCGACCAGCAGCGACCGCUCACGGCCAUCAUCCAGGACCUGUGCAACACCUGGGCGCUGGCCGAGCCCGAGCAGUACUCACUCCAGUUCUCCGACAAUGCCCGCUCGUACAUCACGGAGAAGAACCGAAACGACAUUAAGAACGGCUACGUACUGCGCCUGACGCACAGCCCCGCCAAGACUGCGCAGGACAUCCUCGACAAGCUGCACUCGAACAAGCCCGAUGACAUGCGGGUGGCCCUGGAGCGUCUGCAGAGGCUUUCCUCGGACUAUACGUUCGCGCUGGAGUUCAUAAACAAGCAGGGACACCAACUGCUCAUCAACAUGGUCGAAGCGGGUUCCUACACGGGCGAUCACUUGGCGCUCACCUUGCAGUCGUUCGUAGAACUCAUGGAUCACGGCAUCGUCUUAUGGGACAUUUUGGAACCCAAGUUUGUUGGCCGCGUCGCCAAUCAGGUGAAUGUCAACACAACUCAGGACACAAGGACGUUACAGGCCUCACUAUCCAUAUUGGAAUCUCUCGUGCUGAACGGCACUGGUCGCUAUGCCAUGGUAGAUCAAGAGGUCACAUUACCAAAUCUUAUUAUGCACAUGCAGUCAUCAUCAGUGGAAAUACAGCAGUCUGCUGUGGCACUGAUCAACGCGCUCUUCCUCAAAGCUGAGAGCACCACGAAGCGGAAGACACUAGCGGCAACCCUGUCCUCGCGGCACAUUCGCAAUGUAAUUGUCACGGCUGUCCUCCAACGUUCACAACAGCAUGUUGGCACUGAAAUGGCUCAUCAACUUUAUGUUCUUCAAACACUGCUGCUUAACUUACUGGAUGAACGGCGUGUCGGCGUUGACCCAAAUGAUGCUGAGGCACGCGAGCGAAUCCUUGAACUACGACGCAUUGCAUUUGACGUUGAAGCUGACGGCACCUGCAGCACUACAAGUGGUGGCCGGAAAGGCGGUGGCUAUGCAAAAGACUACAAGAAGCUGGGUUUUCAAAACCAUACCAAUCCUAUCGAGGACUUCGGUGAACCACCUGGAAUAUUGGCAUUGGACAACAUGGUAUACUUCGCUAGGAACCACACAGAAAGCUACACCAAAUUUGUUCUCGAAAACUCGUGCAGGGCUGAUGAGCACGAGUGCCCGUUUGGCCGUAGCAGUAUUCGACUAACACGGCUUCUGGCUGAAAUCCUCAAGAUAGGUGAACCUCCUACAGAGCAAGGAAAGACUUAUUACCCAAUGUUCUUUACACACGACCAUCCAUUCGAAGAAUUCUUUUGCAUCGGCAUCAUGCUCUUGAACAAGACUUGGAAGGAGAUGAGGGCAACGACCGAAGACUUUGUGAAGGUGUUUAGUGUAGUCCAGGAACAGAUCAGCCGUGCUUUGGCCACAGAACCACCUCUCAUGAGUCUUGACAAGUUCCGCAGCAAGCUCGCCAUGCUGACCUACUCAGAGAUCAUGAACCUGUGGCAGCAGGAACAGUCUACGAGGGAAGAAUGGGAGAGCCAAGCACGGCCCAUCAUCGAGCUCCGAGAGCAGGUCACGCCCGAGAUAAUGGACCUGAUCCAGCAGCAGAGGGUGCAAUUUCUGUGUGAGGGCACACUGUUCACCAAGUACUCAGCCAAGGGUCACAGGAUCAAGGACAAGUUUUGGUACUGCCGACUGUCACCGAGCCAGAAGGUCUUCCACUACGGUGACUGCGAGGAAAAUGCGACACCCAGCCUCGAAGAGCUGCCGCACAAGCUGCCCGUGAUCGAAAUCAGAAGUCUAGCGACUGGCCGCGAGUGUCCAUACAUGAAAGACACCCGCAAGGCGAAGUCUACAGCUUCGCUGGCUUUUUCGCUCAUACCAGACUCUAAUCAAGAGCCUCUCAACUUUGUUGCAUCAAAUGAAAAGAUCUUUGACUACUGGACAGAUGGCAUCAAUGCCUUGCUUGGCAAGAAGAUGGUCAGCAAGGAAACGAAAAAUGACUUAGAAACACUGCUUAGUAUGGAGAUCAAGCUGAGGCUUUUGGACACGGAAGGUGUGGACAUCCCAGAGAGCCCACCACCACUUCCUAAGGAACCGCCUAACUUUGACUUCUGCUACGAGUUUAAGUAGAACGGUGGAAAGUGGCAAUUGUUGAACUUUGUGUACAGUCGCUUUAAAAUUAACUAUGCUGGACAUUUUCUACGUGCUUGUCCACCCCCCCUCCCCCACCCCCUUUUUACCGAGUGCUUUCGCUGACUCCUUGUUUUAAUCUCAACCAUCCUGAUCUUCUCAUCUCUUGAUCUCCUGCCUGGCCUCAUUGGAGUGCUAUAAUUUUCGCUUCUUGAGACCGUUUUGAAAGUGCAAUUCAUUACAAGAGCCUGUUCAUAAUCUGUAAGUGUGCUUUCUGGCAUAUUCAACCAACUAAUCACCGCACCUUUCGUCCUUCAAGUGAAGAUCAGGUACUAGUCGCAAGUGCUGAGGUUUGUCUAUCAUGCACGUUUAUGCCACGAGAACCAAAUCUACAUGUUUCUCAUCUCAGAGCAAUGGAAUUGGGCUUGAACACGCUGCUUCCACUAAGCGACUAGCAUUGGCAGGGCUAACUGCUUUGCAGGAAAGCUAGCUUAACAAUUACGAAAAGGGUCUACAGGUCUCCAUAUACUUGUAUGUUUUAACAUUCCAUUACAUGCUUCUAGAGUAACUAUAAGUUUCAUGUGAAAAUAUGGAUGAAAAUUAAGAGCUCAGUUGAACAGUAUUUUAAGCACUUGUUUUAAGCACUUUUUCUGUGUGAACACUGUGAUUUUGUAAACCGAAGACUUGAAACCACUUUCUUUGAGUUCAGUUCUCGAUUAUCCUGGCCAUUAAGCUUCUUUUGUCGAAGAUGUUUUUCAAUCUUCUGUCCUCUCGCCAACAAUGCCUUUUGUUCAAUUACCUCUAAAGCAACUCUGUUGCAAAGUGUAGAAAAAAGGAAUUCCUAUAUCUUCUCAGUAUUGUGGACAGCAAAAGUAUGUAUGCUGCUUCCAUGCAAAGACAUUUAUAUUGCAGAGGCUCCAAAGUUAGAUAAUCAAGUACAUCACAUCACUGACUUCCACUGAAAUUUUCAGUUACUGGUGCUCACACUUAAAUUGUCUACCAGAGUUUCAUUUAUACACCUGAAUGUAUGUAGUGCUGAGGCUAAAGUAACGAAAGUUUUUCCAUAAUGUAACGAUUUUUUGUACAUGUGGAGUCCUCAGCUGGGAUGAAAAGUGAGUAUUAGUGUAGAAUACACAACUCAAGAAAAAGAAAAAUUCAGUGUGGAGGAAACAUACAGUGCAAUCCAUGCCGAAAGAAAACCCAAGGCUUGUUCAUUGUCACGAUAUCACAUGGUGUAUUUAAGGGUCGUACUAUGUUUUGUACAUGUCUGUCCAUUUCUUGGAAUGAACAUGUAAGUGGCGGUGCUGCAGCAUCAAAACAUUUACAUGUGGCAGACCACAGAUGUGGUGAAGCAAACUUUGCUGAAAAAGCACAUGGUUGCACUACCAGAGCCAAAUGUCAAACAUAGGCAGCUGGCAGUUUCCCCACCUGGUACCAAGUUUAGCGCAUUGGCACCAGCAGGCUGCUCAUGCUUCAUGUAGACGGAUUCAGCUUCUUGUAUUAACUGCUGCAAUCAAAUAUUGGGGCCAACCUGUUUUUACUCCGCACAAACCUUGAAAUAAGACAACAUGGAAACGAAGCAAAACAAGACUAAAACAGGCCCCAACUUCAAGCAGAUUUCCUUUCAGAAGUAUGUCACUGGUUGCCUGCAAGAGUACAUUUGUAAUGGCCAACAUUACAUACACAAUGUACAGCACAAUAUUAAACUAGAGUGAUCUAAUAAAGGUUUUCGAUAUUGGCUCGCGCUAUUGGCACCUUAUCCAUAGGUGUUUGACGAUGCUGAAGCAUUUCAUUUGGCUGAAAGGGGUUGAAAUCGGGGGUCAAAGCCCCAUAAACUUUUGUGCUCAAAUGUAGGGUAUGGUAAAUAGUUGAAAACAAAUCUUUAUGUCUACAGUAAACGUACAUGUAGCAUAUGUAGUUUUACAUGUAGCACACAAAACGAAGCCUGGUUUGUUUGCAACAGUGAUGGAAUACUGAAGGCAGAGUUCUUGUGGUGCAAUGAUACUGUGUCGAGUUAUUCAUGUAUAGUACUCGAGGAAUGAAACAGGACAAUUGAGAGAGGGCUAAGCAACACACAUACUUUCUCUUCGGGUCAUAUCAACGUACUUUCGACUUGAACAUGUAGAUCAGAGCCAAUGUUAUCUUUUAGAGACCACAUUCGUCACAAUACAUAGUUUUCUCAAGCAAUUGCGCACACCAUUUGUUACACUGAAAAACUUCAUCUCUCGUUUAAAUCCAUGAGUACAAUGCCUCAGUUUUUACCUCCAGGACCUGCAAACCUGUACAUGUAUGUCUGGGUGACACUACAUAUAUAUAUUUUUUUAUGAAAGUUGCACCUAUUGCUCUUUUGUUUACUGUAGAUAUAAAGAUUUGUUUUCAUCAAUUUACCAUACUCUACAUUUGACUGCAAAAGUUUAUGGGGCAUUAGCUUUGCAAUGACAACCCAUAGAGCCUAGUGCAUAGCCUUGAACCCUAUGUUUCAGUCUCUUGUGGCUUCUAAAACAUUGAUAAAACUGGUAGCAGUGUUCCUUCACAGAAUGACUAUUCAAAAUUGAUGUGGAACCAGUGCCAUGAAAUUCUGUACGCGACCAUAAAAUCUUUUUGUGAACUGUUGCAAAAAAUGUUUCUGCAUAUCUCCAUGACACUGCUUUGUGAAAUGCUUGGCACUUUAACUAUAGUAUUUGUGACACUUCUCAUAGCAUUGUGAUGGUGUCUGCGCAGGUCGCAAAAAUACAAACUGACUGCAUUUACCCAUGCUUGGUAUCGUGAUACAUUUUACGAGGCAUGCUUAAGUCUGGUACACUAGUCGUCCUACAUUUUCUUACAGAAGUACAUGCAAGGUUCUAGCUUGCAUUCAAUUUUUGUGGCUGCUUUAUAUCUACUUAUAAAGGAGGAACCCAUUUUAUAUAGUGUGAAUAAUGCAGCACUCUACUGUUGUGUCUGUAUAAAUCGUGAAGCAUAAACGUUUCACAUGUGUGUACUUGGCGCCAAAUGAAAAUUUCCACUUUUUAACGAGAGCACAAAACGCAGCGCGUUUCGACGUUUUAUUUAUUGUGAUUAUAUACAGCAAGAGCACAUGAGGACCGACCAAAAUAAAAAACGACUUG